AUGUCAACUAAUCAAAAAGAAGGUUAAACUAGAGCAUCUAUUUUGAUGUAAGGUAAUACAUCUUAAAUUUAUCGAAAAUUAUAAGCAGAAAUUGCAUAUAAUGGAUAAUAAACAUAUGCUAUCUCACUUUAAAAAUUAUAGGAACAAAGACCACUUGAAGUUAGACCUUAUUAUUUAAGAAAAGCAUUAUUUUUUUUAUUAUGUGAUGAAAUUGAUAAAAUUAAGGCAUUUGCAUCUCGUUUAUAAGAUGAAUUAUAAACUGAUUAUAGUUUAAUGACUCAAAAUAAAUUAAGUGAUAAUUUUAUUCAAUAGAUAUUAAAUGAAAUUCCAGAUAAAAAUUUAAAUUUAGCAUACUAUAUAUUAAAAAAACUAUAUCCUAUAAUGUAAACAGAAUUAUAAUUAAAUGAUGUUUUAUAUAAAUUUCUUGGACAUAAAAUCUCAUAAAAUAUUCAGAAUUACUAUGAUUGUUCACAUUUCUUUGACAUUAUUGUAACACAUAAUAUGUAAUAAAUUGAGAAUUUUACUAAAAUAUUAUUGUAUUGGAAACCACCACAUAUAUAAUUAUUAUUAAAGUACAUAACAGAUUAAUUUGAAAACUAUCCAGAUGUUUAAUUAUGUUUUUCUAAAAUCAUGAAAAGAUUACACAGUGAAUAAAUUAUAUUUUAUUUAUCUCAGAUCUUACAAUCUCUAGCUAGUAGAUCUGGAUAAUUAAUUAAAACAUUUCUCAUAGAGUAUGCUUAAUAAUCAGUCUUAUUUGCCCAUUAACUUUUAUGGUUAGCAAGAGUGGAAAGUAAGAUAGAUGUUGAUCAUAAGAGACCACCUUCACCUAAGAGUAAGAAUCAACAUUAAAAUAUAUUAAGAACAACUGAAUAUUAAUAAUUUGUUAAGGAUUUAGUAAAUCAAGGUCGUAUUCAAAGGAAAUAGUAUCAAAUAAGUAAGGUAGCACCAUUUAUUAUAUCUAAAAUUAUACGUAAUAUGGAUUCUGAAUAGACUUCAUUUUUUAAGAAGGUUGAUACAUUUUAUGAGAGUGUGACUGCAAUAUCUGGAUAAUUAAGACCUUAAAUGAGUAAACCAGAAAAAAGAGAAAUUAUUGCUAAGAAACUAAGAGAAAUAGUAUUAACAUAAGAUAUAUAUAUGCCAACAAAUCCUAGAUAUUAGAUAACUUCUAUUAAAUUAGAUUCAGGAACACCAAUGCAAAGUGCAGCUAAAUGUCCAAUUUUAGUUAGUUUUCUUUGUAGAAAAUAUGAGGGACCUGACAAAUAUUUUGAAAGGAAAUUGAAAGAGAAAAGGGAAUUUGGUAAGGCUUUAGAAUUUGAAUUAACUAAAUAAUUAAAGGAAGAAGAUAUUUAAAAAAUGUUGAUUAUUUUUGAAUAAGAUCCAUUACCUGAUGAUGAAGAGAAAGGAUAAUUAUUUAUUAAUGAAUUAGUAAGACCAUUAAAAAGUAAUGGAUAGAAUUAAAUAAUGAGUUAGAGUAUGUAAUCCAAUUAUAAAGAUUCUCAUAUUCACAAAUAAUCACAAUCAUUUGAAAAACACAGUUUCAAAUAACCUACUCCUAGAGGAAGUCUUAAGAAAUAAACUACACAUUAUAAUAAUAUUAAUGAAUAAUAAUAAGAAAUUAAAUCUUGUAUAUUUAAAGUGUUUGAUGAUAUUAGAUAAGACAAUUUAGCCUUAUAAAUAAUAAGUAUGUUUAAAGGAGUAUUUGAAAGAUGUGGAUUAGACUUACAUGUCUUUCCAUAUAAAACUAUUUCUAAUAGAACAGGUAAAUCUCUUAAUGUUGGUGGAAUCAUUGAAGUUGUACCUAAUACUAUUUCUAGAGAUCAAUUAGGUAAGACUAAUCGAUGUACUUUAUAUGAAUAUUUCAUUAAUAAAUUUGGAUCAGAGGAUUCUUUAUAAUUUCAAAUAGCAAGAGAGAAUUUCAUUAAGAGUUAAGCUGCUUAUAGUAUUAUCAGUUAUAUAUUGUAAAUCAAGGAUAGACACAACGGCAAUAUCUUAAUUAGUGAUAAAGGACAUUUAAUCCAUAUAGAUUUUGGAUUCAUUUUUGAUAUAAGUCCAGGAGGUAAUCUUAAAUUUGAAUCUGCCAAUUUCAAAUUAACCAAAGAAAUGAGUCAAAUUAUGGGUGGAGAAGUAUCUCUUUAUAUUAUCAUAUUAGGCAUUUAAUUAUUAUGUUGAUUUAACAGUUAGAGCUUUCUUAGCUAUACGUCAUUAUUAUGAACAUUUCUAUUAUUUAGUAACUUUAAUGACUAAUUCUGGAUUAGGAUGUUUUAUGAAGGAUUCUAUGAAGAAUUUUACAGAGAGAUUUUAAGUAAAUAUAAUUUUAGAGUUAUUUUAGUUAAAGAAAAAUGAUCUGGCUGCUGCUAAGUAUAUGCAAAGUAUUAUUGAGGAUGCUAAUGAUAAAAUAACUACAAGAUGGUAUGACAACAUUUAAUACUAUUAAAAUGGUAUAUCAAGAUGA